UGAGCAAUAUAUCGCAAUCUAACCUCGUGUUUGGGAGUAAAGGGGAAGUACGUGUACAGUGUGUAGGUUAGUUUGUGUAUUUUAAUUACCGACCAUCGUUCGUGGCGUCGAUUUUCAAAAUUCUUACCAAAUUCUUGCACUCUAAUGUAAAUUGAUAUAUUCGCAAUCAUGGCGGUACGCGUACAGUUCGAGAAUAACAACGAAAUUGGCGUAUUCUCGAAACUAACGAAUUCUUAUUGCCUGGUAGCAAUAGGCGGAUCCGAGAAUUUCUACAGCGUAUUUGAGGCAGAAUUAGCUGAGACCAUUCCUGUAAUUCAUGCGUCGGUUGCUGGAUGCCGUAUCAUUGGUCGAUUGUGCGUUGGAAACAAAAAUGGUCUGUUGGUCCCGAACACAACGACGGAUACGGAAUUGCAGCAUAUAAGAAACUCGUUACCAGAUAGCGUAAAAAUACAAAGAGUCGAGGAGAGACUUUCGGCUCUCGGUAAUGUAAUCGCAUGUAACGACUACGUGGCUCUGGUGCAUCCUGAUCUGGACAGGGAGACGGAAGAAAUCUUAGCGGAUACUCUGAGCGUGGAAGUUUUCAGGCAAACUGUGGCCAGCAACGUUCUCGUAGGCUCGUAUUCCGUACUCUCAAAUCACGGUGGUUUGGUGCAUCCAAAAACUUCUAUACAAGAUCAGGAUGAGCUGUCCUCUUUGUUACAAGUGCCGCUUGCUGCUGGAACAGUGAACAGAGGCAGCGAUGUUGUGGCUGCAGGUAUGGUGGUGAACGAUUGGGUGUCCUUUUGCGGUAUGGAUACAACCUCGAUAGAACUUUCGGUUAUCGAAAGUGUCUUCAAACUUAACGAAGUUACUUCAACUGCCAUAACAUCGACUAUGCGCGCGUCGCUUAUAGAAAGUAUGUCUUAAUUGGAAAUGAACUCUCCGAGAGAGCAUGGAAAGUUUAACGAACGGUAGAUUAUACAUGUAUGUACAUAAAUUCAAUAUUUGUGUCGAUACUAUUGCACAUUACAGUGCUUUGCACAACAAACUGCGGUGAACACGUUUAAUUCCAACAUAAAGUAACAUAAAACUGUAAUAAAAUAUUCUGUACUAAAGUUUUUAUCAAAUGCAUCGUUAAGUUCUAUUUAAAGUCGUUAAAACGAUCUUUUGCUGUACUUUGUAACUUGAAAUGCUCUUAGAAAAUAUCCCGAAACCGGGAAACCCAUCUUUCGAGAAGGCACAGCGUGUUUAGAUCCCCACUCUUGUUGGAGUCCGCUGAUUGGCUGUCACAGAUCUUUCUGACACACAGGCAUUGGUCGAGAACAAUG